GGGACCUGGAAAUUACGCGGAAGUCACGGACGGCGAAGCUUCCCCGCUCUGACGGGGCGCUUUGGUGAUGUACGACAGCGCCAGCUGUUCGUACGCAGGCGCGCUCGAUCUCAAGGGACCGGCCGCGGGUGGCGGGACCGGAGCCACAAACUCCCCGGCUGGCGCGACCCCGACUACCGGUCCUGCCAACAACAACAACAACAACAACAACAACAACAACAACAACAACAACAACAACAACAACAACAAUAGCACCAUUGGUGGUGGUGGCGGUGUCAAGCAUGAAAAUUGGCCGUACCGGGGCCUCACGUGCGGCAGUACGUUCCAACAGCUCAAGCAGAGCGUCGAAAAGGCCAAGCAGGCCUUGGCCGAUCGGGGUGGCUACCUCGCCGGGGCUUUCUCCCCGCCACCCCGUGCGAACACUGCGGCCAUCUCGCCCACGGCUUCCAUUACCGGUGAGUAUGCCAGUAGUUCGUACAAGGGCGGCUGGAGCCACGCCACGUCGCCAGCCCCUGGACAGGGAUACAGUGGUAGUCUGUCGAAAUCAGCACUGGACUCGCAUUCACAUCUCAGGCAGCCUGAUCCAUAUCAGAUGUUCGGGGCAACGAGCAGUAGACUGGCAAGCUCGGGUUCCGGGCAAAUCCAGCUCUGGCAAUUUUUACUCGAGCUGCUGUCGGACUCGAGCAACGCGGCCUGCAUCACGUGGGAGGGCACGAACGGUGAGUUCAAGCUGACCGAUCCGGACGAAGUGGCGAGGCGGUGGGGCGAGCGCAAGUCCAAGCCCAACAUGAACUACGACAAAUUGUCCAGGGCCCUGAGGUACUACUACGACAAAAACAUAAUGACAAAGGUGCACGGGAAGAGGUACGCGUACAAGUUCGACUUCCAGGGCUUGGCGGCGGCAACGCAACCGGCUGCCGCCGACCCCGCUGCCUACAAGUACCAGAGCGAGCUGUUCAUGUCCGGUUACGGGCACGCCAAGCUCAACCUCAUGCCACCGCCGGCAGCCUCGGUGUCCGUCUCCGUUCCGGGUGGCCUGUUUCAGUCUGCCUCGAGCUACUGGUCCACGAGCCCCGGAGCCAACCUCUACGCCGGACACCACACGGCCACCGGACACGUGCCGCCCCACCUCGGCAGCUACCCCCACUACGCAUGACCCAGCGCCGAGCACUGGGGCGCUCUCGGAACUCCUCGCUGAACGAACGAGGCUCUUGUCUUUUCCCCCUCUCACCCUCCUUUUGUUUCUUGUAUUAUUUCCAAGGCUUACCAUGGCUGACACCAACGCGUUGUCGAGGAGGAAGGCUCGUGAUGGAUUUUUUAGCGCCGAGGAAACCUUGACGGCCGAUGACGCCCUCAGUGAUCAAGGCAAUACUGACCCCAUAUCAAUUGUUCCCACUCACACUCAUCCGAACGGUCCAACUGACUUUCGCCGCGUUAAUUUACUCCCCCCACCCCCCCCCGACUCCCAUGUGCAUGUACAUAAUUGUUAUACGAGCGCGUGCAAACCCUACAACCCCCUGUCCCACUUGAGAUAUGUUCUGCGUGUGCCAUAAGUGAUACGAAUUUAUAAUAUACGAACCAUUGGACGCUAAAGUGAUUGCAGUUAAUGUACACCUGAAACGACGUUUCUUCUCCUCCUUCUUGUAUAAUGUGUGUAUUUAUAUAUAUAUAUACCGGAUAUACGAGGAAUCCCUUUGCACCUAUACAGAUGUCAUGUAUAACGGAGAGAAGAACACAGGGAGACACGGAAUAAUAACAAUACAUUGGAUGUACGAGUGUAUGUAUGUGUGUUUAACACGUUGUAAAUAAAUACAUAUAUUGUAUUGUAGCGAGGAAAAAAUAAAUAUUAAGCGCGUAUCGAGUGAUAUACAUGCCGGUAAGUAUAUAUAUAUUAUAUUAUAUUAUAAAUGUAUAUGCAUGAUCGAUCGGACGGGCGUCGGAUUGUACUUCACGUGUAUCAUGUGUAAUUUCAUCCAAGGUACCUGAAAGGUUUUUUUUUUUUUUUUUGUUUUUUUUCAAGAGAUAACGAGCAAAAAUUACAAUAUUUAACCAUAUCGUGUGAAAAUACGCACUCCGUGGUCGCACGGUUAAUUAUUUUGUCCUUUGCGCAAUCGAAACACAAAAAUAGCUGUAUCCGACGCUCGUCGAUGGAAAUCACUUCAAACUCCUUUGUAACGAUGAUUAAUUGUUAUGUAUAUCAUAAAGAAGAAGAAAAAAUAAUAAUGGUAAAUAAAAAGCGCGCCAGGAGCAGCUUAUUGUAACCAAAAAAAAUCAAUUCGAGCAACACAAAGUGCAAGGAACGUGUAAUAUACAUAUAUAUUAUAUGUAUGUAACGAUUAAUAAACCAAAUGGAAAAAAAAUUAUAUAUAUAACGAAGAAAAAAAAAAAAUAAAAAAAAAAUAAACUAUUAUUGUAGAUCGAUCAGAUGAUGUAGGUAUCGUGCAAGUUUCCUUCGAUAAUGUCGAUAAUAAUGAUUAAAAAAAAACAUCAUCACGUAAACAUUCCCCAAGUCCCGAGUAAAUAAUUGCGACGUAUCUCUUUCGAUGGCGAUCGUCGCGUACAUAAUACGAUAUGUCGUGUAAUUCCUAAGUCGUAUGCUGUAUUAUAUAACAAAACACCCAAGACCUAAGCAUUAUUAGAAUAAACUGUAUUGUAUUAUCGGUUAGAUAAUCGCCUCUUUGACUUCGCGGUAUUGGACCAACAGGAGAUUAAUAACGACGCUCUCAUAUACACAUUUAUCUCUGAACUGUAUUAUUUGUGUUGCUCUGGUAUGCUUUUGGAGUAAAAAAAAAAAAAAAAAAAAAAAAAAAAGAAAAAAAAAAAAAAAAAAA